UAAUAUCUCUCUCUCUAUCUCUCUCUCUCUCUCUCACAGUCUUCUCCUUUCUUUCUUCUUUCCUACAAGCUGCAACUUGCAACAAACCUUCAACUUCUAUAUAUUCUUCUCACUUCAUUGCCUUCUUCAACUCUGUGUGGGAAUUCUUGGUUUUGCAAAGUUCUUCAAGACAAUUAGCUCAAAGAUCUCAGACUGCUAUGGAGUAUUUUAGUUUGGUGGAUACUUCUUUGGAUCUCAAUGCAAAUCCCCUCAGACAUAUCGAUGAAGUUCCGGAUAAUAAAGAGAUCCAAAGCACUUUCUUAGAGUUGGGAAGGAAGAUAUCAGCCAAAGAAGAGAAUAGAGCUUUAAUGGAAGAAUUGAAUCGGGUGAGUGCGGAAAACAAGAAGCUGACAGGAAUGUUGACAGUGUUGUGUGAGAACUACAAUGCUUUGAGAAGCCAAUUGAUGGAUUAUGUGAGCAAGAAUCCAGUGGUGGAGCAAGUGGUGGUUGGGAAGAAGAGGAAGGCCGAUAGCACUGCCACCGCCACCGCCAAUGGUGGUGGAGCUAACGGAGGAGGAAACUCGGAGAGUAGUUCAAGUGAUGAAGAUUCAUGUAAAAAGACUAAGGGAGAACAUGUCAAGGCAAAAAUCUCCAGAGUCUAUGUCCGAACUGAGGCCAAUGAUACAAGCCUAAUAGUGAAAGAUGGGUAUCAAUGGAGGAAAUAUGGACAAAAGGUCACAAGAGACAACCCUUCUCCAAGAGCUUACUUUAAAUGCGCUUUUGCUCCAAGCUGCCCUGUCAAGAAGAAGGUACAAAGAAGUAUUGAAGAUCAAUCAGUUUUGGUUGCAACAUAUGAAGGAGAGCACAACCAUCCACACCCUUCAAGAGUUGAAUCGACACCGAGCUCUAACCGGUGUGUGACACUAGGUGGGUCAGCAGCCCCUUUCCCAGCCUCCCUCAGCUCAUCAUUUCCUGGACCAACCAUCACUCUUGAUCUAACCAAAUCUAAGCCUAACCCUGAUUCCAAAAACUCAAAUCAAGCAAUGAAUUCACCGGAAUUUCAACAAUUCUUUGUUGAACAAAUGGCAUCUUCAUUGACGAAAGAUCCGAGUUUCAAGGCGGCGCUGGCGGCCGCCAUUUCUGGAAGAUUUUUACAACAAAAUCAGACAGAAAAAUUGUGAAGACCUUUUUCCAGAUCGGGUAGAAAAACUUUAUUGCAGAAUCGAUAAAAGAUCAGAUCAAUUUAAUACAACGGUAUUAAAGAUCUCACAAAGAAAUAAAACCUCCUUAGAAGGAAAGAUUUAAGCCUCUACAAAAGAGGUGGAAAGACCCCACAAGAGGGAAGCAAACCUUCAACAACUUUAAAUUUUUAGUUUUUAUUGUAAUUUUGAUGGGGUUUGACCAAGUGAAGUGUUUGGAAGAUUUGGAAGUGCACCAAUUGAUGUAAAUAUUUUAGCAUAUUGGAAAGAAAAGACAAAAAAGAGUAUUAUAAUUGUAUGGAAAAUGAGUGAGAGCACUAAUUAGUGCUAUCACUAAUGAUUUGACAGUGCACCCCACCAUAAAUGAUUUGAUGUUUUGA